AUGGCUGGUGCUAUUGUUGAUUUUGUAGUUGGAAAGCUGAAGGAGCAAGCUUUCCAAAACGUAAUAUUCCAGUGGGGAAUCAAAGCUGAGGUGGAGAAAAUCAGCAAGGGGAAACAAGACAGCGAGGCAGCAGAAAGGUGGGCGACACAACUGAGGGAUACCACACUUCAACUUGAGGACCUGGUGGAGGAGUUCAUGCUGGAUAUGAAGCUUCUGGACCUCAAUACUCCUCCUUGCAAUUUUUGUGAAGUCAAUUCCCUGUUUGCCAACGUGCACAGCUUUGCCAAGAGGGUGAAGAUACAGUAUUGCUUCCAUCAGCAGUUAAAAGCCAUGGAUGAGAAGCUACUUGCUCUACAAACAGACAAAUCAAACUUCGGUAUAAACCUCAAGACAAACGAUGAGGGAAGAAAUGAGUUACUGAUGGGCAGUGGGAGUGGAUAUAUGGUGGGGAUUGAGAAGCAGGUGGAGGACAUAGCACAACUCAUUCAGAAGCGUAGAGAGCGGAUGUUGGUGAUCACGGUUUGGGGAGCUGGAGGUUGUGGGAAAACUACUUUGGCCAAGCAAGUUUAUGAAAAAGUGAAGAAUGAUGGGAACAUCAAAUCUUUUUCGUGGGUUGAUGUAAACCACUCCUCAGAUAUUAAAUUUGUUCUGAGGGCAACAAUCAAUGGACUGUACACAAGUGUUGGAACAAAGAUGCCGUCUGAACUGGAGAAAGCAGAUGAAGAUUCUCUUCAACACCACAUUUGUGAUUACUUGAAGGGAAAGAGGUAUGUUGUAUAUUUUGAUGAUGUGUGGGAUGAGAAGCUGUUGAGUAAAAUCAAUAUUCCGGUCCAUGAUGAAUCUGCAAUUAUUAUCACUAGCCGUGAUAAAGGUAUUGCUAGCGGCUCUUUUCUUGGGGCUACGCCUCAUUGUGUUGAGGUGAAGCCACUAGAAUCCAAUAUAGCAUGCGACCUUUUCUGCAAAUUUGCUUUUCCUAGCUGUAACUGGCCUAACGAGGCGGUUAAAGAAUUGGGAGAAGCAUUGGUUAAGAGAUGCUCGGGUUUACCUGUUGCAAUUCUUGCAAUGGCUGGGUUGAUGUCCACAAAGGGUGAUGAUUCAGCAAAAUGGAGUGCUGCUCUCGAAAGCCUUGACUACUACUCAGCAGAAUCUGAAGAAGGUGGCAGUCUAAAAUCUGUCAACAGAGCCUUAUUGUUGAGCUACAAUGAGCUCCCAACCAGCCCUUUGCUACCAACCGUGCUUUAA